GCCUCCUUCGCAAAGGCCAUGUUUAGUUUUGCUUUGCGCCCUGUGAAGUUUUGAAGCAAGUGGUCACGAGCCGGCCUCAGACUCUGACAAAUUCCGAAGCCCCGAGUCGAAUCGAAUAGAAUCCACUGUCUUUUUUGUGUUGUGUUUGGUUCUUGGGUAAUGAGAUCCGGUUGUUGAGUCACCGUGUAGUAUUCAUGCCAUCAUUCAGAGGUAAUUCAGACUUUUACUGUUGUAUUUCUUUUGUUGUACAGCCAAUGGACCGAGGUUAUCAUGACAUGACCUUAGAGAAAAAGCGAGAUCCUGCUCUUGAGGCUUGGCCUUGUUAGGUUUGCCGCAUGCCGCGUGGUACAGACAUUGGCAUGCAGCAACCGAUGAUCGUAUCAGGCCACCCUGCAACGGCUAAUGUUGCUGUAUUCGUUGAUGAUCUUACGGUACUCUGCUCUACUCUGGGUACAUGUUCAGUCUUGUCAGUUCUUGGAAACUAAAAGAAUCUGGGGUAAUGGAUGGACAAACGUGGCACUCGUCAGCUAAGAUCAACCAAAGUCUUGACAGUUCAACCCCCGAGUGUUGUGCUGUACCCUCGACAACUGGCCAGAAGCCAUUGAGAAGAUAUCAUCUCUUUCAAAUAGUUUGUAACUCUAUUCGUUUCAUACACUUCCAUUCUCCCUCAAGUCACAGCUCGUUAAUGUCUCUACUCAAUCCUCUUCAUCAGAAGACUUCACAAGCUCAUCCAGCCUACGUACCAUAAACACCCAAGAAAAUAUACGUCUCCUACGACAACACCCCCUAUCAACCCCAAGAAUAAACAUCAUGACCGUCAGCCAUACCCUCAACCUUCCCUCAGCCCUACCCGUUGCGGAGUCCCCCAUGCCCUCUGAACCAAUUACAACACCAUGGCAGGGGUUUUGCGUCUUUUUUUCAUGACAUCCCCCCUGGGGAAAAAGAGAACGUCUCGUUGUUUAUUCCCAAAAACUUUAUCUAAAUGGGUAGAUCGGGGAUAAUGAAGGAGAGGUGCACAGGGAGAAGGGCGGUAUCACGAAUAAGUGACUUCACAAACACCAUCAUCACCCAAAUCAACCUACACUCAACCAUGGCACAACUCAGAGAUAGUGACACUCCCAAGCAACAAUAUCCAGAAAUAAUUCAAUGUGUUUGAAAGAUAUAUGGAGUAAAAAGGAACGUAUUGCUAUACGAUACACGAGUCGCCUCGUAGGUAUUACUCGUCACCACCAGCUGUAACCGCCUUGGGCUCUGGGGUCUCAGUAGCAGCAGCAGGCGCCUCAGCAGUCUUGACGCCGUCCUUGGCUGGAGCGGACACAUCAGCAGUGUCUUCAUCGCCCUCGGCGUCCUCCUCGUCGCCUUCAGCUUCAGCGUCAUCGUCGCCUUCUUCCUCCUCUUCCUCUUCCUCCUCGGCGUCGCCAUUGGUUUCUUUGGUGUCUGCCUCGGCUGUCUUGCGCUUCUUUACAGGAGGCUCGGCUGAAAUGAUAUGGUCAGCAUUUGGCUCGGUAUCAUAGGCUGGUUGCCAGGCUCUUAGAAGAGACCAUGUAACUGGUAAAAUGGAACAUGAAGGGAUGGAAGUAUGUGCUGCUGGCGAGCUCUUCCAGAACAUCGAUGAUCACUUACCCUGUGCAUCAGCUUCUUCGUCUUCCUCAUCUUCCUCCUCCUCCUCAGCAUCCUCGUCCUCUUCGCUUUGCUCUUCUUCGUCUGCGGUGGAGACGUACCUAUUCACAUGUUGUCAGCCAAUCGUCAUCACCAAAAUUCAAUCAUCAACAACAUGCUUCGAUCGCGAAAUCGCACAACAGCAAACAAUACCAAAUGCAAGGAGAAACACAAUGCGAUCGGAAAAUACCGCAGCUGACACGUGGGAAUGGUUUCAAUCGCGAGAUAAUUCGCAUCGCAUUGGAUCGCAUCUUGCGGUGGCAUGCGACAUCAGCCCUGCGCGCGCAUCUUGGUAGGUCGCGCAACGAAUAGCGCAACGAUAGAAAUGCGCGCGAUUGGACAAUCGGCAGCUCCUCAAAAGACGAUCGCAACAAGGUAACAUGCAAAAAGGAAGCAAAUGGUACUCACUCUUCCUCCUCCUCACCAUCAUCGUCUUCAGGGAGGGAGACAAGCUCCUCCUCCUCCUCUUGCUUUCUCUUGCGGGACAUGGUGAUAGUUACUGGUCUGUGUGAUGUAUGGGAGUCUGUACGAUGCGAUUGACAAGUUCAGGAGAUCAGGGCGCUUCUCUCGGGUGGUAGAGGAGGGUUUUAAGGUAGACAGGGCACAGCACGAGAUAGAGAAGCUAGGUAAAGCAAGAAUAGAAGAGAGGAGAGGGAAAGAGAUCCAGGGGGAGUGGGAACGGCAAAGGGUGGGAGAGGCUGCGCGUGCGCACUACACAAGAGCGAGAGGAGAGGAGCUGGAGCUGGAGGGCGAGAGCAACAGCUACAGUGACAAUGGAGCGAUAGACAGCCCGAGAGCUUGCUUGUGUGAGAGCUCUCAAUCCAGCCAAUUGCGGCUUUCACAGUCAUCCCAACAUCACUGGAUACACUCCAUGGCACUAUGUACGGACAUCACUAACAAGACUCGUGUAUGAAUACAUGGGAAUGCAAGGAAACAAUACGACGCCCAGAGGUACAGUCCCACGAGCCUGUCAUCUAAGGAUGGAUUGGGUGGCCCAGCAAUGGUGUG